GCCUAUAUCCCUCCCCUCCAGACCAAACUACCCUCCCCCACGCCAGGAUGGCCUCCGCCGAAAUCCCCAACUCCAGCCCCGACGCCACCAACCGCGCCGCCGCCGCCGCCGCCGGCCCCGACCUCUCCUCUUCGCCGCCGCUCCCGCCGCGCAAGCGCCGCCUUUCGCCUUCCCCAUCCCCCACGCGCUCCGCGUCACGCUCUCGGUCCCCCCGCUCUCGCUCCCCGCGCGGCCGCCGCUCCCGCUCCCGCUCCCGCAGCCGGAGCCGCAGCCGCAGCCGCAGCCCGCAGUACCCGCCCGAUGGCAAGCGGCGGCGGCACAACGACCUUAACGUGGAGGCGUGCCGCGACUUCCUCCGCGACAGGUGCACCCGCUCCGACCUCGAGUGCAGAUACGCACACCCUCACAACUCCGUUUCCGUCGACCGGGACAAUAAGGUGACGGCUUGCGCGGAUUCUCUGAGGAAUAAUUGCUUCCGGGGGAGGACAUGCCGUUACUACCAUCCGCCUCCACAUAUCCAAGAGCAAUUGCUGAGAUCAAUUGGUGUGGAAGACCCAAAGGUGAAGACGCAGAUCUGCAGAGAUUUCACACGUGGGAAGUGUUCAAGAUCAGCAAAUGAGUGCCGUUUCUUGCACCAUUCAUCUGUUGAAGAUGUUGCAAUUGUUUGCCAAGAUUUCUUGCGUGGACAGUGCAAUCGCAUAGCAUGUAGGUACUCUCACGUAGUAGCACAUCCAGUGCCACCAAUGAGCCAUGUUCCUAUGCCAUACCCUGAGAUGCUUUACAUGCCACCACCACCACCACCACCCCUUGGAGUACCAAUGAUGGGGCCUCUGCCUUCGCCUCCUAGACCAUUUGCUGAUAAUAAGAACAGAGUUGAAGUAUGCAGGGACUUCUUGAAGAACAUGUGCAAUAGGGAAUCCUGCCGGUUUGCACACCCUGAGACACAUACAACGGCGGCGAGCGCCAAUGUUGAAGUAUGCCGUGAUUUUAAACGAGGAGAAUGCACUCGACCUGCCUGUCGCUAUUUUCAUCCAUAUACAAGCUGAAGUUUUCUGUUAGCUAAAAUGGGUACUGCUUGUUUCCUCAGCUUGAGUGCUCUGCCCAGCGCCGCUGCUACCGCUGUGCUGCUGCUGCUGCCGCCGCCGCCAAUUCUGCUUCUGCCACCAAAGAGCUGCUGCGCUGGCUGCUGCGUCGCUAAGGUGCCAUAGAGCAUGGAAGCCGUAGAAGGUGCUAUGUAUGCAUGGAAUAAAAGAUACUAUCAUGCUGUGGUAUUCUGAUGGUUGCUUGAACUUGCUUGACUCAAUGGUUAAGUAGUACCCUGUCACUAUGAGGGCUGUGGGUGUGGUUAUGUAUUUGUUGUUUUAAAGAUUAUAUUGUGACGUGAGCUCAUUUGGUAUCUGCACUUUUAAUCGGUGGACAAAAUAUUCCCCGUGUUUCGUGAUGGCCUGCUUCUGGUUCAAACAGGCACCACCAGAGGA